CUUUCCCCCAGGUCUCCCGGUCUCCAAGAGGCGCAGAGAGCUGCGUCGGCCUCUCCGCCCAUAGGUGGAGCAGUUGGCGAAGGCCGGGUCCGCGGGAGCUGCGAGCUUUCAGCCCGAGAAAAGUUAGCGGAGGGGCCGAGGGGCUCCUUUCCAGCCAGCGCCCGCAUGCUGCACGCCCUGCUCCGCGCCCUGCGCCCCCAGCGCUUCUGGAAGACCCUUCUGGCCCGCGGCUGCGCGUCCGACGGGGCGGCCGGAGGACCCGAGAUCCAAGUGCGCGGCCUGGAGGGCCCAGACCAAGGGAUCACUGAGAUCCUGAUGAACAGACCACGCGCCCGCAAUGCCCUGGGGAACAUUUUUGUUGGCGAGCUCCUGGACGCUCUGGCCCGGCUGAGGGAGGACCGACAGGUGCGUGUCCUGAUUUUCAGAAGUGGCGUGAAGGGCGUGUUCUGUGCAGAUGCAGACUUGAAGGAGCGGGAGCAGAUGAGCGAGGCUGAGGUGGUGGUCUUCGUCCAGCGGCUCCGAGGCAUGAUGAACGAGAUUGAGCCUGGCAUACAGACCAAGGAGGGAGACAGCAGAAAAGCAGUUCCAGGUCUUUCCAGCCCAUCCCCUCACUCCCAACACCCAGCUGAUCCCACCACUUUCCCUGAUGGGAAAACCAAUUCCCAAGAUAACAUAGGUGAGGUACCAGGUGAGGUUCCCCAAACCUGGAACCUAAGAGGCCCUGUGUCCCAACCAGCUUGCCCUUCUCCAGCCAUGAGUCCUUGUCCAGGUCCUGCCAAGGCCUUGCGGGCUGAGCACUUCUUUAUCUCUACAGCAGCCUUCCCUGCGCCCACCAUUGCAGCUGUGGAUGGGUUUGCCUUGGGUGGGGGCCUGGAGCUUGCCCUGGCCUGUGACCUCCGAGUGGCAGCAGCUUCCUCGGCUGUGAUGGGGCUAAUCGAGACCACCCGAGGGCUCCUCCCAGGGGCAGGAGGGACCCAGCGGCUGCCUCGCUGCCUGGGGGUGGCCCUGGCAAAGGAGCUCAUCUUCACGGACCGCCGACUGAGUGGGACGCAGGCCCAGGCACUGGGGUUGGUGAACCACACUGUGGACCAGAAUGAAGAGGGCAAUGCAGCUUACCACCGGGCACGAGCCCUGGCCCAGGAGAUCCUGCCACAGGCCCCCAUUGCUGUGCGGCUGGGCAAAGUAGCCAUUGACCGAGGAAUGGAGGUUGACAUCGCAUCAGGGAUGGCCAUUGAAGGAAUGUGCUAUGCCCAGAACAUCCCAACCCAGGACCGGCUGGAGGGCAUGGCAGCCUUUAGAGAGAAGCGACCCCCCAAAUUUGUUGGCGAGUGACCCCUAUUUAACCUUAAGCAUGGAGAUGCAUACCUUAAGGGGCAGAAUUUAGAAAGAAAAUUUGCAGCAGGACUGCCCUCAUCAUUUAACCUCUCCUGGCUUCAGUUUCCUCACAAGAACGAUAUGGACAUAAAAUGUAUGGCAUGGUGACUGGUACUAACAACUGCUGACCAUGCCACCUACUGUGUUACUUUCAUAAUUCCUCAUCUUGGCUAGAUCAUCACUGGGGUCAGGUUUGCUCUGUCUCCAUCUACUCAAAGAUAAGCUGUGGAUUAAAACAGACCCCCUGAGCCUUAGUACAGUGGGUUCCAGUGCUCUGACCUCUGCCUCUCAGUAAUCAGGUGCUCACCAAAGAUGGCAAGAGAUUGGAAGAAACCCCCCAUUUUCUUCCUCUGUACAAUGGAGAUAAUAGGUAAACCCUAGCAUUGGUUGCGCAUGGGUCAGAAGUCACAUGGCUUUGGUUCAGAUCCCAGCUGUCUGCCAGUUGUUCACUAUGUGACCCUGGACAAGUUAUUUAACCUCUCUGCUCAGCUUCCUCAUCUGCAAAAUGAAGCUGUUCUGAGGAUUAAAAAACAAACAAACAAACAAACAAACAAAACCAGCUAACAUUCAGUAAACAUGAGUUUAUUGCUAAUUUACAGUGUUCUUGAGAGGACCAAAUGAAAUCAUUGCUGUGAAUGUCUUGUGAACUGUAGGUGGCAGGCAAAUCUUUGAUGGCUACAUUGAAUAGCCUUCAAGAGCACUGAAUAGGGAUCAGCUAACUCUGAUGGAGAGGGGAGGGUUGGUAAGUGGGCAGAUAACAUUGGAUCAACGCCUGAAGGAUGAAUAGGUGUUUGAAGCAAAGAAGAGGAAAGGCUGAUGAGCAAAGGUGAGCAAGAGAAUGACAAACCUAGAAAAUGAAGGGUUGCUGAUAUGCACAAACCUAACACCAGUCUCAGUCCCUCCUCUUGUCCCAAGGCAGGGAAAAAACAGUUGUGACCUCGUGGUCUUCUCUAUCUGGAUCUGGGCUCUGGCUGAGCUUCCUGAGUCUAGAGGACUUUACUGCCUAGGCCUCCCUGAACAUCCAGCUAUUGCCAGGACUGGCCAAGAGUCAUGAAACCAUGGACACGGAAACUGUAUUUUCUGUGAAACACAGCCUCAAACACAGUACAAACCAUCUCAGAAGUUUUUUGUGUGUGUUUUUUAUAUUUGCUGCUAAAUACAAAUGUGCCCCAAGGUUGUGCUUACACUCUGAAAGGAAGAGUAAUACAGAAGAACACAAGAGAGCAACUUAAAACUUACUGAACUUUCUUUUUCUCAUCUGUUAAAUGGGGAGAAUAAGACUUACCUGAGCAGAGGAUUGUUGAGAAUAAGACAAGAAUGGAAGGAGUGUCUGGUGUAGAAUUUGGCUUCAAUAGGCACUAGUUGCCACAACACAUCCUCACAUUAGCACAAGAGAGUAUCUGGUCAAUGUUGCAAGUUACUGGAAUCCAGGUCAGGAAACCAAGACACCCUCUUUUUUGGAUCUUGCAGGAGAAAGAUAGAAAAUACAGUACAGCUUAAAGACUGUGGAAGGAAGUAGGUUACAAACUCCAUUUAGCCAGUCAGACACUGGUGAGCAAUAGUUUGGAAUAUGGUUUAAAAUAAGUAAGAACGAGCUUCUUUUCCAUUUAAUUACAAAAGAAGGUACAUGUUUAGUUAAAAGCCUGGACCAAGCCAGCCUAAAAACACAAAAAUCUAGCCCCAAAAUAUGCUAUUAAUCAAACAGGAAUUUACUUUUGUUUUUUGAAAAACCUAACUUAAACAGAUGAAGGACAAAAUAUGUCUCAGUUACCAAUAAUAAGGUAGGGAAGGCAUUCAUAUUUUAUUCCACAGAGCUUUGCAGAGGACACACACACAAAAAACUUCUGAGGUGGUUUGUAACUGUGUUUGAGGCUGAUUCUCAGAAAAGCCCAUACUUUUCUUGACUCUUUGCUAAACAAAAGCACACUUGAAAUCUUUGUCAAAGACAUUGGCUCCUCAUUUUCCUCCCAGUUUUAGUCACAUUUCCACCCAAAUCAGAAUUUUAAGGGAUUGAGAUUUAUAAUCCCUGUACAAUCUUACAUUUAAAUACUCUAUUCUCAGCCCUAAAGCUCACCCACCCCCACCAGCACACCCACUUAUACAAAAUGCUCUGCACACUCUACGAAUUAGACUGAGGGAAAAAAGCCAAAAGUAGAAUGCCCAAAAACUGUAAAAAAUAUAUUUCCCUUCCUUCUACCCCUCAUAUGGAAGGUACUUUGAUAUCUUCAACAGAAGCUCCAUUUUCCAAAUAACACAUCUGUAAGCAUACAUUUCCCAAAGCUUUUUCCAUGUACUGCUAUUCCAGUAGCUUCACACAUGUAGGAAUGACAUAUACUCAGAAUAUUUCUUCAAACAUGAAAUUUAAUAUAAACACCAAGGUCUCCCUGUAGGUCUUCCUUUCAUCUACUGAAAAAACAGGUCCCGAUUCCCUGACAAAUCCAGCUGGUCUUGUGCAAACAACCAGUCAAGAAGUCAGCCAGGACUAGAGAAAAGGAACUGGCACAGCUGUUCUGAUGCAAGCUCACAUGUCUUUCCAGAGAGACCAUGGUUUGGUUUGCUUUUUCAGAAUUGCUAAAAGGAUGUCCCCAGAAUGAUUCCAACUUGAUUUGGGUUUAUGGCUUUAUCAUAUAAAUUCAACCUUUCUGUAACAUGGAAAAUCAACAAUAAAACACCAAUGAGGUGGCCAACUCACAAUGGCUGAUGACAA